AUGCAGUUCCUAUCUGCUGCCUGCCUCAUCGCGUCCGCCUACACCGCCAGUGCUGCCUCGCUCCUCGAACGGACACUCGCUCUCCGCCAAAACAGCAUCAAUGCCAUCCAGAAUUGGUCUAAUGACUUCGCCGAUGUCGAUUUCAACAACAACGCUGGCGGAAACUUCAACGUAACCUGGGACAAUGGAUUUGGUGGGAAUUUUGUGGUCGGAAAAGGGUACCGCCCUGGGCGUGAUAUGCUCUUCAAUUACUCCGGAACCUUCGAAACAGACGGCUGGGCCUACCUCGCGCUGUACGGCUGGACCACCAACCCGUUGACCACUGAACCUUCCGCAACAGUGGGCAAGCACAACCCCUCCGACAACGCCUCUGCAACCCAGUACGGCACUCUGACCUCCGACGGCGGUACCUACGAAAUCUGGCAAAAGCAGCGCACCAACGCGCCCUCCAUCAUCGGCGAUCACACCGACUUCCAACAAUACUGGUCCAUCCGCACCAAGAUGCACUGCGGCGGUACUAUCAACACGGGCAACCAUUUUCGUGCGUGGGAAGCUGCAGGACUGCCGCUCGGAAAGCAGAACUACAUGGUCAUGGGUAUCGAAGGCCAGCAGGGCAGUGGGGAGGCGGAUAUCACUGUGGGUGUGCGGCCUACGGUGGCGGUCCCCGAGACACCAACGAGUACGUAUAGAAGUGUGCGCAGGACUAGUACGAGGAGGACGAGUACAUCAACGAAGAGGAUUUCGACCGUGGCCCCGGCGCAGGCUACCGUGACAAGUGUCUAA